UUGAACAGGCCAAAGUUGCGGUAUAAAAGGGGCUGCGGAAUUGAAGGAUGACACCUGUGGAGGCUGGUGUCAUACACACGUGUCUCUAGUAUAUCUUUAUACCAAUAUAUAAAAUAACUUUUUUUUUACUGUAGAUCAUGUCUGUUUUGCAGUUCUUGGCUUAUUUUUGUUUUAUGGUCGCCUUUGGUCCAAUGGUUCUUGGUGAUCAAACUGUGCAAAGUGAGCCUAUAGAAGACGAUGAGCAGUGCUCAACAUGCGACUUCCGACAGCAUAUUAAACUAAUAAGAAUAAAUGCGAUCAAGUCGCAAAUUCUAAGCAAACUUCGAUUGAAGCAAGCACCUAAUAUUAGUCGAGAUGUUGUAAAACAGCUACUACCCAAGGCACCACCCUUGCAGCAACUUCUUGAUCAGUACGAUGUACUUGGAGAUGAUAAUAAGGAUGGAAUUAUGGAGGAAGACGACGAACAUGCCAUCACAGAAACUAUCAUUACGAUGGCCACUGAACCGGAAUCAAUCGUACAAGUAGAUCGGACUCCAAAGUGUUGCUUUUUUCCCUUCACUCCGAAGAUUCAAGCUAACCGGAUUGUCCGGGCUCAACUCUGGGUGCACCUUCGACCUGUUGAUGAAGCCACCACAGUGUUCCUGCAAAUCUCCCGCCUGAUGCCUGUCUCAGACGGGGCCAGACAUAUUCGAAUCCGGUCAUUAAAGAUCGACAUUAGUACUGGAAUGAGCUCUUGGCAAAGUAUAGAUGUGAAACAAGUGUUGACUGUGUGGCUGCGACAGCCAGAGACAAACUGGGGUAUCGAGAUAAACGCAUUUGAUUCGAAAGGGAACGACUUGGCCGUAACCACCGCAGACUCGGGCGAAGAGGGCCUGCAACCGUUCAUGGAGGUUAAGAUCUCCGAGAGCCCUAAGCGCUCCAGGAGGGACUCUGGGUUGGACUGUGACGAGAACUCGCCCGAAUCCCGAUGCUGCCGGUACCCGCUGACUGUCGACUUUGAAGACUUUGGCUGGGACUGGAUUAUUGCUCCGAAACGCUACAAGGCUAACUAUUGCUCUGGUGAGUGUGAGUACAUGCACUUGCAGAAGUAUCCACACACACACCUGGUAAACAAGGCCAACCCCAGAGGCACUGCAGGCCCCUGCUGCACCCCCACCAAGAUGUCCCCCAUCAACAUGCUCUACUUCAACCGCAAAGAACAGAUCAUCUACGGCACAAUUCCCUCCAUGGUGGUGGACAGAUGUGGCUGCUCAUGAACUAGAGCCCCUAACUCUGACAAUUCCAUUCACCAAGAACAGUGCUUUCUGCAGAACAAAUAGAGCAAAACGGUGCACUAUUUGCAAUAUAGCAAAACAGUGGAAAGUCAAAGAACUGCCUGGCAAUUUGUUGACCAGUGCUUGACCAAAGACAUGUCUUGAUCUGAUGGUUUAGGUUGUUUUCUUUCUCUAUUUCAUAAUCAAAUAUUUGCCAUAGAGGCUUGUUACAGGGUUGGUGUAAGAACCAAGUGCUUACUAGACUCGGGAGUACACCUAGUCAAAAUUACAACAUUCUUUCACAUUCUUUCGAUGCUUCAAAGCUUUUAGGGCAAAUGCUAAACUUUUGGUUUUGAUAAUCCUUGUGGACUUUUGAAAGUGAUGGAGAACUGUUGCUGAGAAUUUCCGAAACUUGCCUUCAUGUACAUUGUCAUAACAACCCAUAUACAUACAGUACAUCCAUCCAAAUAUAUAUUUUAAUCAUAGCUUCACUGUCAUUCAACUGCUUAAACCACUGACACACUUGAAUUAUUCUUAUUCUAAAUCGACCAUACUCAAAAGGAGGACUGAACCAGAGGCACAACAAAUGCAGUGUACAGUAUACACUGAGAUAUGUUUAAAGGCAAAUGAAUCAAUUUUCGAAUGUAUGUAUGAAUAUCAUACAAACUCAUACAAAACAACAUCGUUUGCACUAUGGCAACCCAAUAUAAAUAAUGGAUUGCUACAAAAGUUGUAAAAACAAUGUUUUGAUAUAUUUGAUGAUUUAUGUGUUAUUUUCAUCAGGAUUUACUGCUCUCAACCUCUGUAUGAGCACAGCCUACCAAAGUGUAACUUUGAGUAUAUACCUGUCAAAAGUAAAGGUGCUUUUAUUUUUUGUUAUUUCAGACCUAUAUGCCAGACGUUUUUUGUAUUAAUGAUUUUGGUCUGCACCCAUCACUCAUGUGAUACAAUAAAAUCCAAUACAAUAAAAGUAAUGCAAGUAUUGUAAAUCAUCUGCAACAAAUAAGGCUGUAAUAGUUAAAGAUGAUCAGAUUUGAGUUAAUUAGUUGUUUGUUGAGUAGUUCAGAGGAUUGAUACAGUAUAUCUGAAGGGGACCAGCCAAAAGGGUGAUUUUCAAAGAACCAAAAACAACCAGUCCAUGCUCACAAAUCAGACCUUAGAAUGGCAUGGUAUUGUUACCUAAGUAAUUCAACAAUAUGUACCUAUCAGAUAGGCUUGCAUCAUCAUUCUAACAGGUAUUAAAUGUUGCCUACGUCAUCUUUCCCAUCAGGAGUUGGUCCACACUUGAGCUUCGGCAAUAGGCGUCAGUUAAUGGGCAACAUGUGAGCUUGUGGAUGUGUGCUACAUACUGUGUGUAAAAAUGUGCCAUUGUGGGAAUU